CCCCCCCCCCGCGGACCCCUCCUCCUCCGCCAAUGGAGGAUUUAUUUAUCUGCUCCUCCUCGUCUCCGCCGCCGCUGCGUCCAUUAUCAACGUGAAGACCCGCGGAGCUGCAGCGGGAAACCGCGAGAGCAGCAGGCCUGACCACCGGGGAGGAGCGGAGGAUGAGAGCCGUCGGGGAGGAGAGCCAACCGGAGCCGCCGCCGCUGAACCCCGGAGGAGGCGACAUGACUGCGGAAUAAACAGGCGAGAGGACGCCGCUGCGUCUGUCGCGACUCACAGUCAGGAUGUCUGGCCCGGCUGGACCUGCGCCGCCCGCAGGGGCCGGGCCGGGCCCGGGGCCGGACCUGCCGGACCUGAGCCACCUGACGGAGGAGGAGCGGAGCAUCAUCCUGUCGGUGAUGGAGAGACAGAAGAAGGAGGAGGAGAAGGAGCAGAGCAUGCUCAAGGAUCAGGAGGAAGUGAAACCUCCGUCAGCCUCGUGGAAUCUGUUGUCGGGGUUCGGUCAGUUGGUCAAUAACGUUGCCGCCAAUGUGUCCGAAGUUCUGCAGGUUAAAAGUCCAACUGACGACGAGUCGCAGACGAAGUUACAUCAGCAGUUUGAGAUGUACAAGGACCAGGUGAAGAAGCUGGGGGAGGAGCCUCCCGUCGCUCAGACGGCGAGGGCGGAGUCUCAGACCUGUGAUAUCUGUCAAAAGACGAAGUUCGCUGACGGCUGCGGCCGAGCCUGCUGCUACUGUCAGAGCCGCUUCUGCGCCCGCUGCGGGGGGCGUGUCUCUUUGAGAGCCAAUAAGGUGAUGUGGGUUUGUAACGUGUGCAGGAGGAAGCAGGAGAUUCUCACUCGGUCGGGCGAGUUUCACUCCAACAUGACGCUGCUGUCUGACGACCACACGUCACACGGGGUUCCACAACCACCAAUGCAGGGGUCGCCGGGGGCCACGGGACCCCUGAGCAACGGAGCCACUGAACGGAGGCGGAGCCCAUCAGGGUCAUAUUACGAUGGUGGCGGGGGCCGGAUGCCUCGCUCUCCCUCUGACCUCAGUCUGGACUACUCCGAUCACUUGCCACAUGGCUGCCAUGGCAAUGGCGAGGAGAAUCUCCGAGCUCGGAGGCGACCAAUCAGAGACCGACGAGGCCGCUGGCACUCACAGGACCACCCUCUGGACAGGGGUCUGGACGAGCGCGAGCUACGGCGGCGACAGGAGGAAGAGUUUCAGGCCCGUUACCGUAGUGACCCAAACCUGGCGCGCUACCCAGUGAAGCCGCAGCCGAGCGAGGAGGCCAUGAGGAUGUUAGCUCAAGUCGGCCGGGUCCGCCACCAACGCCGUCACAGUGACGUAUCCCUGGCAACUGCAGAGCCCAACCACCUGACCUUGAGACACACAGUUGUCCGUCAGAAUCGACCUCAGGGAUUGGUCGGAUCUGAAGGUCAGAGGUCAUUUUCUAUGGACCGGCCAGCUAAUCACAUCAGCCCCACGUCGCCCCGACGCAGCCCAUUACCCCAGCAACACCUGGACCCAAGCUCCGCCCAUAAGAGGAAACCCGCCAAUGACAGCACAGUGCUGAGGGGGCGGGGAAUGGGGAAGAUGCGUGUGAUUGGUAGCUUCAGCAGCUCUGAGGAGGAGCUAGUGACCACACCAGAGUACACCAGCUGUGACGAGCCUGACAGAGAUAUGGACAGCCAGUGGUGGGAUCAAGGUUCUUGGCAUGGCGAACCUGCGCCCAUGUCUAUGCAUCCGGUCACAUGGCAACCGUCGAAGGACGGAGAGCGUCUGAUUGGUCGCAUUCUACUGAACAAGAGGAUGAAGGACGGGACGGUUCCAGCGGAUACCGGAGCGCUGCUGGGACUCAAGGUUGUUGGCGGGAAGAUGACGGAGUCUGGGCGUCUCUGUGCGUUCAUCACCAAGGUAAAGAGAGGAAGUCUGGCCGACACCGUGGGACACCUGAGGCCAGGUGAUCAGGUUCUGGAGUGGAACGGUCGGGUUCUUCAGGGAGCCUCGUUUAAUGAAGUUUAUAACAUCAUCCUGGAUUCUAAACCAGAACCACAGGUGGAGCUGGUGGUGUCCCGACCCAUCGGAGAAAUUUCCAGGACAGCAGACAGUUCUCACAUCCAGCUGGACUCCAGUUCCAGCUCCUUCGACUCCCAAAAGGUCGGUCCAUCGAUCUCCGUCACAUCUCCCAUGAGCCCCAGCGUCCUGUCCGGACAAGUCUCAACUUUGAACAGGCGUCCUCUGGUUCCCCGACUUCAGGUGAAGCUCUGGUACGAUAAAGUUGGUCAUCAGCUAAUCGUCACAGUUCUUGGAGCCAAGGAACUUCCUGCCCAAGAUGAUGGCCGACCCAGGAACCCUUACGUCAAGAUCUACUUCCUGCCAGACAGAAGUGAUAAGAGCAAGCGGAGGACGAAGACGAUAAAGAAGUCGGUGGAACCCCGGUGGAACCAGACCUUCAUGUACUCUCCGGUCCACCGGCGGGAGUUCAGAGAACGAAUGUUGGAGCUGACCGUCUGGGAUCAAGCCCGUGUCCGAGAGGAGGAGAGUCAGUUCAUGGGAGAGGUCCUGAUCGAACUGGAGUCGGCUCUGUUGGACGAUCAGUCUCACUGGUAUAAACUACAGCUUCAUGAUGUUUCCUCUCUGCCGCUGCCCAGUGCCUCCCCCUACCUGCAGAGGAGAGGACUGCAGCCUGAACCCAGUCCGACCAGCAGGAGGCUGCAGAACAAAGGUCAUUUCUAUAACUCAGGGUCUCAGAGGAUCAGUGACAGUGAGUUUUCAGAUUACGACUGUGAAGACGGCAUCGGGGUGAUAUCAGACUACAAACAGAAUGGGCGGGACUUCCACAGUUCCACCCUCUCAGUGCCAGAGCAGGUGAUGUCCACCAAUCACUCCCGAGCCGAUAUGGUCAGGAUGAGGUCACGGUCACCGAGCCAACCACCUCCUCAAAGCGGCAACCCUCUGUACCCGCUGUACCGGGAAGACGCUGUGCGGCUCUUGCGUGGCACCAAGCUGAGCCGAGCGUACUCUGACGCCGGCCAGUACAGCAGCCUGGAAAGGAGAUCCCUGAGGAGAAUGUCUGUUGCCAACUCUCUCGAUUCCCAUGACAGAUAUUUUAAUGGUCCGAACCACACUCCCUGGACAAACCAAAUGAUGAAUGGGAGCUGUGAGGACUACAGUCAGGACUUCAUCCCAGACUUCCCCUACGAACCUGACGCCUACGACGAGGAACUGCUCAGGUUCAGCCGGGGUAUGGACCGGCGGGAUUACUACAGUCGCUCUCGGUCAGCCGACCAGCGUGCAAUGGCCGACCGUCCGGUCUACACUCGCUCACAGUCCACAGACCGAUCGGACUUUGUCCACCUGAGGUCUGGACACUCCGCCCCCCCCUCACCUGCCCGCACCAGGGCGAAUCCUCAUGGUGGAUCGAACCAGACGAGCCCAUCAGGAACGCCAGUCUGUGGCCGCCGAGUUCGCCAGCUACCCAUCGUCCCGCCCAAAGGAGCUCUUGACAGAAGCGGAGAACCCUGCGACUCUUUGCAGACAGGAGCACCACCUGCAGCCCCUCCCACUGCCCACAAACAAGCCCCUCCCCCUGUCAACCAGCAAACACCUCUAAUACGAAUCCAAGCUCCACCUCCUCCUGGACUUGUCCAGCCUCACCCACCUCCUGCACCUGCACCUGUUCUCGCACCCAGACCCGCACCUGUGCCUGGACCUGCACCUGUGGAAGUCCCGCCCACACUUCCAGUCCAAGUCCAACACCCGGCUGCUACAGUUUUACCUGCUUCUACACCAGCACUUGGUGCAGCAACAGUAGCAACAACCACGCCCCCUGCAAUCGCACCUACACCAGUCCCGGCCCCGCCCCCAGCCCCUGUUGUCCAAUCACAGUCGCCUCUUGAACCGGCCCUGCCCCCUGCACCUACUCCAUCACCUACCCCUGCCCCCUCACCAGCCCCGCCCCCACAAACUCCAGAGCCAGACCGAUGCCCAGCAACACCUGGAGGAACCAGAAAAGGUGUGAUGAAGGAUCCGUCAAAGUUGAGGGACAGCCUGUCGUUUAAAUCCUCCGACAGCGACGUCAGUGACGUGUCGGCCAUGUCCAACGCCUCCGACACUCGAUCGGUCCGCACAAUCAGUCGGGCAGAGGCUGUAGAGGGCCAAUCAGUGGAGCUGGGGGCGGGAUCAGAGGGAACACAGGAAGUAGCGCCGGAGGGGGGACCCUCCCUGCAGAAGAGCGAAUCAGUGGAGGAGGGAGAGGAGGAGGAGGCAGCACCUUCAAAGCCGGCGCCGGCGUCCGCCGCUCCUCUCACCAAGUCCUCGAGUGUCGGUGGUGAAAUCUGUUCGCUGGGGAGGAACAACGACGACGACGACGACGAAAAGAAGAGACGCUCGAGCUUCGGAGCGAGGAUGAUGGGGAUGGUCGGACUGGGAAAGAAGAGUCAGAGCGCGUCACAGCUCAACCCCGAGGUGGAGGAGAAGAAGAAGAAGGUGGUGCGACUUCCUGUCCAGAGGAGCGUUGAGACCGGAUUGGCCAUCGAGUUCAAAGCUCGUUUCACUCGACAACCGAGUCGUGACCCCGACGCCGAGGACCCCAAACCUGGAGCUCUGAUAUUUCCAGGAGUGAAGUUGGCAAGUGACCAACAGUUCACCGGAUUCCUGGAUGGAUUAGGCCCCGCCCAGCUGGCUGGACGGCAGACUCUUGCCACGCCCCCCAUGGGGGACAUCCAGAUCGGGAUGGUGUACAGGAAGGAGCGUCUGGACGUGGAGGUGAUUCGAGCCCGAGGGCUUGUGGGUAAACAAGGCAACAAGAACACUCCAGCUCCGUACGUCAAGGUGUAUCUGAUGGAUAACGGGAAGUGUGUGUUGAAGAGACGAACUCGUCUGGCGAGAAAAACACUCGAUCCUCUUUAUCAACAACAGCUGCAGUUUGAGGAGAAUCCAGAGGGAAAAGUACUGCAGAUCAUCGUUUGGGGCGACUACGGCCGGAUGGAUCACAAAUCCUUCAUGGGCUCCGCUCAGAUCCUACUGGACGACCUCGACCUGUCCAACAUGGUGAUUGGUUGGUUCAAACUGUUUCCUGCCACCUCAUUGGUGGACCCUGCCUUGGCCCCUCUGACCAAUAAGGACAAGGAGGGCGGCAAGUCGUAGCGUCGGAGGGCGGAACUGACGUCAGCGUCAUAGUAACGGGCCGAGAACGGAGGGGAGGAGGAGGACGACACGCGUUUUCUGGGCGGGGCCUUAAAAAAUUAAAAAGUUCCAUGAUCCUCCUCUGCUGUUGCAUGCUGCAUGAUGACAUCACAGCGAUGUGUGACAGCAUCACGUUGAUGUCACUGGGAGGAGGAGGAGGGAGGCUCCACCUCCCGAUGAUGAUGAUGAAGCCCCUCCCACUGAGGGCAAGGCAGCGCACCGAUGGAUGCUGGGAAAAGAAAAGGACAGGGGAGGCUAUGUGACCUUCCAGCUGCCAGCCAAUCCCAGCAGCUCCUCGGGAGUCAUGUGACUGUUUUAGAGGCUUGUCCAGAACCCUUGACUCAGUCUGUCACCCGAUGGUUUCCGUGGUGACGCAGGAACACGGAGUGAACUCUUUAUGUUGUUGCAUGGAACGAUGAAAAGAUUAGAACAUAAAAAACUUUAAAGAACAUGAGAACAUCGACUGCAAACUGAAAAUAAAAAGAUUCUCAAAGAUCA